AUGGAUAAAGCAAACAAGAUGGUCGUUGUAGGUGAUGGAGCCGUCGGUAAGACCUGUCUCCUUGUCAGCUUUGUUGAAGAUAAAUUCCCAGAAGAUUAUGUACCAACGGUAUUUGAUAAUUACAGCACAAAUAUGGUCGUUGAUAAAGAAGUACAAACGAUUGAUUUGUGGGAUACUGCUGGACAAGAAGAUUAUGACCGUUUAAGGCCACUCUCAUAUCCUGAUACCAAUAUUUUCCUCAUUUGUUUUUCAACAGUUCAUCGUAGCUCCUUUGACAAUAUUCAAAUAAGGUGGCUCCCUGAAAUUACACACUACGCACCAGGUGUUCCCAUGCUAUUGGUUGGUACAAAGGUUGACUUGCGUGAAGAUCCUCGUCACUUGACAGAAAAUAAGAACAAUACACGAGCAGGACCACCCAUAACAAAGGAAGAAGCAGAAAAGAAACGAAAGGAAUGGAAAAUGCAUCGUUAUGUGGAAUGUAGUGCCAAGACGCAACAUGGAGUGAAGGAAGUAUUCGAAACUGCUGUGAGAAUUUCAAGAAAUCCUGACAAGUUCAAAGAUUGGGAGGAAGAUACGACCUCGCUAGAAAAGAAAAAGAAGUGUCUCUUAAUGUAA